ACCACGGAUCGAAGUAUAUUCCGCCCCUCAACGCACCGUAUCCAUCUUCACCGCUUCCUUCCUUCCGACUCUUCGUCAGCCGGUGGGUGAGAAGGGCUCAGGGCAAAAAAAGCGCACCAACAUCAACGGAACGGAACGCAGAAAGUGAAGCUUCUUCUUGUUUGGCAACAAAUUUCUUUGGCUUUCACUGUACUGUUCCCAAGAAUCCCCGACCUUCCUUCCGGUGCCGGAAGCAGAAUCGGGCAUUUGCCGCCGUCUAAAAAGUGGAUGUUCCCUCUCCAUUGAUCACAUUGUCUGCGUGCGAGCUCGCCGACUGUGCCAAAACCCAAGUCAGUUAAAUCAUGCAACGAGACAUUAGGAAGUGGCUGAUGAAGCCACAUGAUAAAGGCAACGGCAAAGAUGCACAGCCAGCCUCAGCUGAUGCAGAGAAUAAAUCUUCUCCAUUGGAGUCCGAUCCUGAACCUCCUGUGAAGGUUGAUCAGCAAAGUGCAGGUAGAAGGAAAACCAGCAAAUACUUUGCGGAUAAACAGAAGCCGAAAGAGGAAAAAGAGGUGGUGACAACCCCAGCAAAGAGAAAGGCUCAGGGUGAUGGUAGUCCAAAUGUGAAAACAACACCUCCUAGGAAGAUGCAGAAAGUUAAUGAUGACGAUGAAGAUGAUGAUGACUUUGUGGUGCCACGUAAAAAGGUCACAGCUGAGGCCACCCCUAAUAAGAAACUGAAGAGUGGGUCUGGCCGGGGGGUCAGUCAGAAGGCUAUAGAAAUUGAUGCGAGUGACGAAGAUGAAGCUGAGGACACUGAACAACCUCCUAAGGCUGCUGGAAGAGGUCGUGGUGGUAGAGGUCCAGCUGGGGCUUCAGCUGGUGGAAGAGGCAGAGGUGGUGGCCGUGGUGGAUUUAUGAACUUUGGUGAAAGGAAAGAUCCUCCACAUAAAGGAGAAAAGGAAGUCCCAGAGGGUGCUCCCGACUGCUUAGCUGGUUUAACUUUCGUAAUAAGUGGCACUCUUGAUAGUUUGGAAAGAGAAGAAGCGGAAGAUUUGAUUAAACGCCAUGGAGGUCGCAUUACUGGAUCUGUCAGCAAGAAAACGAGUUUCCUUCUGUGUGACGAGGAUAUCGAGGGGCGAAAAUCUGCCAAAGCUAAAGAGCUUGGCACUCCAUUCCUUACGGAGGAUGGUCUUUUUGAUAAGAUUCGCUCAUCGAAACCUGCAAAGGUGCCAGCAAAAGAAGUGCCAAAGAGUUCUGUGGAGAAAGCUUCACCCCUCCCCAGGAAAAGUCCUCAAAAAGCAGAAGUGAAGGGUAAAUCUGUAGCACAUUGUUCUGCUGAUAAGGCUUCAGCCAAAGCUGUUUCUCCUGCAAAGAAAAGGCAAACCAUUGAGCACUCCUCACUGCCAUGGACCGAGAAAUAUAGGCCUAAAGUUCCGAAUGACCUAGUUGGAAAUCAAUCUUUGGUUAACCAGCUUCAUACUUGGUUAAAGAGCUGGAGUGAUCAGUUCCUUGGAAAUGGAAAAAAAGUAAAGGGUAAAAACCAAAAUGAUUCUAGUGCCAAGAAAGCCGUGUUACUAAGUGGAACACCGGGAAUAGGGAAAACAACGUCUGCAAAGCUGGUCUGUAAGAUGCUUGGUUUUCAAGCAAUUGAGGUCAAUGCAAGUGAUAGUCGCGGGAAGGCAGAUUCCAAAAUAGUCAAAGGAAUUGGUGGAAGCAAUGCAAACUCCAUAAAGGAACUUGUCAACAAUGAAUCUCUGGGAUCUAGAAUGGACAGGCUACAACAUGAAAAGACAGUUCUCAUCAUGGAUGAGGUAGAUGGGAUGUCUGCAGGAGAUAGAGGUGGUGUGGCUGAUCUUAUUGCUAGCAUAAAGAUCUCCAAAGUGCCUAUUAUCUGUAUCUGUAACGAUCGAUACAGUCAGAAGCUAAAAAGUCUUGUAAAUUACUGCCUGCCUUUGAACUUCCGCAAACCUACAAAACAACAGAUGGCAAAGAGGUUAAUGCAGAUUGCAAAUGCCGAAGGACUUAAAGCUGAUGAGAUCGCCCUUGAGGAACUCGCAGAAAGAGUGAACGGAGACUUGCGGAUGGCAGUAAAUCAAUUGCAGUACAUGAGUCUUUCCAUGUCGACUAUUCAGUACAGCGACGUGAAGCAACGCCUUCUAAGCAGUGCAAAGGAUGAAGAUAUCUCACCAUUUACAGCCGUCGAUAAGCUGUUUGGCUUUAACGGAGGGAAGCUGCGAAUGGAUGAGCGGAUUGACCUCAGCAUGAGUGAUCUAGAUUUGGUCCCUCUUUUAAUUCAGGAAAACUAUAUUAACUACAGGCCUAGUGUUGCUGGGAAGGAUGAAAAUGGGAUAAAACGGUUGAACUUGAUUGCUCGUGCUGCAGACUCGAUUGCAGAUGGCGAUUUAGUAAAUGUACAGAUCCGAAGACAUAGACAGUGGCAGCUCUCCCAGGCCAGCUCCCUAGCAUCUUGCAUCAUCCCUGCUGCAUUAUUACAUGGGCAGAGGGAGACCCUUGAACCGGGGGAAAGGAAUUUUAAUAGGUUUGGAGGCUGGCUAGGAAAGAACUCAACUAUGGGAAAGAAUGUGAGACUAUUGGAGGAUCUACAUGUUCAUCUUCUUGCAUCUGGGCAAUCAAAUAUGCGGAGGGGUGCUCUUCGGCUUGAUUAUAUUACGCUUCUCCUGAAACAAUUGACUGAUCCUCUGCGAAUGCUGCCCAAGGAUGAAGCAGUAGAUAAGGUUGUGGAGUUCAUGAAUGAAUACUCAAUAAGUCAGGAAGACGUGGAGACAAUUAUCGAGCUGGCUAAAUUUAAGGGGCAUCCAAACCCAUUGGAUGGUGUUCCAUCGGCCGUUAAAGCAGCUUUGACGAGAGCAUACAAAAACAGAUCAGGAUUGGUACGCGCUGCAGAUAUGGUCCCAGUCCCCGGGAUUAAAAAGGGCCCUAAGAAGCGCAUUGCAGCAAUGUUGGAACCAUCUGAUGAAGGUUUAGAGGAGGAAAAUCUUGAUGCAGUUGAUGCGACCGAUGAAGAGAACUCUUCUGACACGGAGGAUCAAGAAAGCACUCUUGAUGGGGCGAAACUGCAGAGUAGCCUGCAAAGUUUAAACUCCAAAGGAAUAAAAGUUGAGAUGGAACUGAAGGGUGCCCCUAAUUCAAAUGGGAAGAAGAAAGCGGGAGGUCGAGGUAAAGGGGCAUCGGCUGCUGGUUCAGCAGAAAAGAAACCUGCAGGUAGGGGAAGAGGUGGUGGGUCGGGUUCUUCUGGGACUAAGAGAAAGAGAUAGUUAAGAGCUACACCGAAGAUUACCCGUUGAACACACUACCGAGUCCAUGCACUUCUCUACAAGUUGGAUGUAUAAUUGCCUAUUUGGUAACUUGCUGGUGAACUGUAGAUGCAUCUGGCAUUGCAUUGUUCGCCAGACCGAGUUUUCACACGUUAGCCCUUGCUCUUACCCUAGACUGCAAAUUAAAAGAGCUGGUGUGUAGCUGCGAAUCAAAAUUUUCCGCUGCCUAGUACGGAAGAAAGGGUAAAUAGUUUGCCAGUUGGAUAGACUUUCUGGUUUUGGUAAGCUCUUUAGGUGCAAGCAUUGGUUGUUCGCUUAGCUUCUGUACCUUGUUUCUGCUUAUUGAAGUGUGUUGGGACUUGGGAUGGAGCUGAUCUAGGAUUGCACAUUUUGCUUGAAACCUACAUGUUCCUAAAGAGUCUCAACACAGACACUUUGAUGGCUGUUCAUAGAUGUCGUUGGUUACGGGUUAGAACUAAAACCACGACCAUAUCGGUUAAUCUAGUAGUAACCACAGAUCCUAACUAUAGUGAAAAAGAGGCUCUUCGUAAGUUUCGUCC